CGUAACCUUGGAACACCGUAUACUCAAUGCAAAUGCGCACCAAAAAUCCAAUUACGUUCUAUAAUGACGCGUAUUUACUAGUGUUUAAACACCUGUUGCUCUAAAAAGGAGAAAAACAAGAAUAGCUCUGUGUAUCCAGUGAUUAGCAUAUAAUGCAUGAACAGGAGAAACAAUUGAACAAACCAUCGAAUACACGAAGAACCUACCCCUAUGCUCUGUUAGCUCCCAUGCCAGUCUGCAGCCGAAAAUAAGGCAUUCGACGUAAUCAUAAUCCAGCGGAAUUGCGAAACACGUGAAGCCUAAUAUGGUGAUGCGAGUAGCGAAAUUAGGCAGGACAAUUCGAAAGCAGUAAUAGCGGCGGUUCGAUGGCACGCACACGUUAUCGUUCCCAUCGGCGUUCCAGCGAAAAAUUCGGUAACAGGGUGAAAGGACAAAGUAAUUGGAUCAUGGUCGUUCGUUUGCCGCGGCACGACCAGUUGAAGGAUUCGACUUUCUGGUCCAAGGUCGCCGGGGGGAGGGGGACAAGUCGAGUAUUUUGUCCGAGGAACAGAAGGAAGAAAAAAAAAUGAGGAGAAUUUGGGCGUGGUAGGGAAAAGCGUACGAUCGGUUUACACACUAUUACGAUUACGCUUGCUUUUAGAGUGAAAGUUUUUUGGACACCGGCACGAUACACGCCCUUGUACCCCACCUAAUUCCAGCCGGAUCAUUUGCACUAUAUAAGAUUUUCGGUGGGCAACGAUCAGCACGCAUUCGCAUUCGAGCAUCAUCGAAGAAUCAACGUUUGCUAUUUGACAAAUCGUUAUUUACAUACACAAUGUUCUCCAAGAUCGUAAUCCUCGCAUGCGCCCUGGCGGUGAGCAACGCCGGCUACUUGGGAACGGCCGCGGCCGGCCAAUACACUCUGACCACUGCCGCGUUGACGUCAACAUCCGACAACAUUCUGCGCAGCUCAGGGAACCUGGCGCAGAUCGCGACGCAGUCGAAGACGAUCUCCACCCCGUUCUCCAGCAGCAGCAAGUCCGACAUCCGCGUAACGAACCCGGCGAUCUACGCGCACGCUGCUCCCCUGACUUACACCGCCGCGCACGCUGCUCCUCUGACUUACACCGCCGCACAUGCACCCUUGGCCGCGCCGAUCGCGCAACCGGGCUCGCUCCUCGGCGUCGCUUACUCCCCGGCGGUGGCCGUCUCCCACAUGGCCUACAGCAGCCCCAUCGGCGUCUCCUACUCCUGGUAACCGGUCCCCGCCUGACUCUCUCUUAUCCGACGCGGCAAUCUCUCAUGACUCUGUACGUGUACCCUGACCGAUCGCCGUUUCUAUUUAUUAAAUACAGU